AUGUCCGCCAUCGCCCUGGUCCUCUUGGCGUUCGCGCCCUUGGCCACCCUCGCCCAAACCUUCCAACGUCUCGGCGCCUGCCCAGACCUCGGAUGCGUUUUCCCGCCUGACCAAGCCCAUUUCCUCCCCGGCCAAAACUUUGACAUCCGCGUCGAGAUCCACGCGCCGGUGAACGGAACCGAGGCCUUCAACGACGGCGUUCCGGACCCGGAGUUUACUCUCACGAUUGCGAGCAAUAGCGUGCCUGAGGGCAAGUCUGUGACUGAGUUCUUCAGGAUCGAGGAGGAGCCUGAGCUGGAGACGUGGACUUUCUCGUGGUAUGAGGAUUUGUUUGCGCAGGAUGCGGGGAAUGCGUCCGUGGUCAAUGUUGCGUCCAAGGCGUACCGUCACUUGUCGUUAUAUGAGCCGGGAAACUACACGGUUGAGCUCAACUAUUACAAUGGCACGAAGAAGACGCUGGCUGAGUGGUUGGUUCGUCCUCUUGCUGAGGAGAAGAAGGCCAAGAAUGUCAUUUUGUUUAUUGGCGAUGGUAUGACGACGAAUAUGAUCACGGCCGCACGCCUGUUGGGUCACAAGAGCGUUAAUGGAAAGUAUCAGUCGAGGAUGCAGAUGGAUCAGUUUCCCAUCUUGGGACAUCAGAUGACACACUCCGUCGACAGCUUCAUCACGGACAGCGCCAAUUCUGCGUCCGCGCUUUACUCUGGUCACAAGGGUACAUCAGACUCCAUGGGUGUGUACUCCGACUCAUCGGCCGACAACUUUGACGACCCCAAGGUCGAGACGAUCGUUGAGAUGGUGGUUCGCGUCUGGGGAUCUGCUUGGGGCGCCGUGACCACAGCUGCCCUCGACGACGCCACUCCAGCAGCAUUGACUGGCCACAGUAGAUCUAGAUCCAACGCCGGCUCGCUGAUCGACCAAGCCCUCAAUGGCAUGACGAACUACUCUUGGAGCAGCCACCCCGGUCCCGACGUCUACUUUGGCGGCGGUGCCUCAACUUUCCUCCCCGGAGCAACGUCAUACGAGGGCAAGGACUUCUACGACGAAUUCCUCAAACAAGGCUACUCCGUGAGCUGGAACGCUACGUCCCUCCGCGAAGCACCCGUCGAUUCCCCAGCCUUGGGCGUCUUUUCCACCUCUCAUCUGCCCGUCUGGCUCGACAGGAAGAUCUUCAAAGACAACAUCGCCGAACUCAAGACCCAUCCCUCCGGAGACGGCUCGGCGCCGCUCGAUCUCCCAGGCCUGAAGGACAUGACCCUCAAAGCCGUCGACAUCCUCCUCGAGCGCAGCAAUGACACAGGCUUCUUCCUCAUGUCCGAGGGCGCCUCCAUCGACAAGCAGAUGCACGGGCUAGACUACGACAGAGCCCUCGGCGACCUCCUCGAAUUCGACACCAUCCGCGCAACGGUGAAGAAGCUCAGCGAGGCCGGUGAGCUCGAGAACACGCUCAUCGUAGUGACGGCCGACCACGGCCACGGCUUCGACGUCUUUGGCGUCGCUGAUACAAAGUACCUCGCCGCGCAGGACACGGAUCGCAAGAAGCGCGACGCGAUUGGCAUCUAUGAGCGUUCCGGCCUGUCGCAGUAUACCGUCUCCCGGCCCGAUGGCAUUGAGUACGGCACCGGUCCCAACUUCCCGUCCAACUGGAGCCCACGCUAUGCUAUUGCGCCUGCGUUUGGUGCCAACCCCGAUCGGAAUGAGAACUACCAGCUCCACGAGUCGCCGCGUCGCGUGGCGGUUAGCGGAGAGGAUGGCUAUGUUGCGAACCCCGAGGACGGCGAGGAUGGUUUCUUCGUUCCGGGUACGAUCCCGACGUCGUCUUCGUCUGGUGUCCAUUCCCUGACUGAUGUGCCCGUCUUUGCUAUGGGACCUUGCCAGGAGACGUUUGCUGGUGUGUACGACAACACGGACGUCUUCUUCAAGAUUGCUUCGUGUCUUGGACUUGGACAGUCUUCACCGACACCCAAAAGGAAGUGA